AUGGAACCGGCCAGGCCGCUGCUGGGCCUGUGGCUGGGCCUGGGCCUGUGUCUGGGCCUGGGCCCGGGCUGGGGGUCAGGGCGGCUCCGGGCGGCCACCCUGAGGCCCGGGACCACCCCAGGGACCACCCCUGGCGAGGGAAGGGGGCACCCCGGCGUCUGCCCCAACCAGCUGAACCCCAACCUGUGGGUGGACGCGCAGAGCACCUGCGAGCGGGACUGCCGGCGGGACACCGACUGCGGGGCCCUGGAAAAGUGCUGCACCAACGUGUGCGGGCUGCGGAGCUGCGUGGCCGCCCGCUUCGCGGACGCCGGCCAGGCGGGGCCGCCGGCCCCCGCCGCCUCGUGCGACGGGCUGGCCUGCCCGCAGCAGGGCUCCGACUGCGACAUCUGGGACGGGCAGCCCGUGUGCCGCUGCCGGGACCGCUGCGAGAAGGAGCCCGACUUCACCUGCGCUUCCGACGGCCUCACCUACUACAACCGCUGCUACAUGGACGCCGAGGCCUGCCUGCGGGGCCUCAGCCUGGCCGUCGUGCCCUGCAAGCGCGUGUCCUCGUGGCCGCCCAGCAGCCCCGGCCCGCCGGGGACCUCGGCCGCCCCGCCGCCGCCGCCCCCCACCCCCGGGGACGCGCCCGUGGCCCCCGCGCUCUACAGGAACCCGGCCCACCAGUCGGUGCCGGCGGGCGGCACGGUCAGCUUCCGCUGCGACGUGAGCGGGCGGCCGCCGCCGGACAUCACCUGGGAGAAGCAGGGCGACCGGCGGGAGAACCCGGUCAUGCGGCCGGACCGGAUGUACGGCAACGUGGUGGUCACCAACAUCGGCCAGCUGGUGGUGUACGACGCCCGGCCCGAGGACGCGGGGCUGUACACGUGCACGGCCCGGAACGCCGCCGGCCUCCUGCGGGCCGACUUCCCGCUGUCCGUCACCCAGCGGCGGCGGCCGGAGGAGGAGGAAGAGGAGGAGGAAGAGGAGGAGAGGGAGCCGCCGUCGACCUCCGGCCCCGCGCCCCCCGAGUGCCUCCGGGAGCCCGAGCGGCGGCCCUGCCCGGGCCCGGCCCCGGUCCGCUGGCGCUUCGACGCCCGCCGGGGCGCGUGUGCCACCUUCCGCGACGACGGCGCCUGCGGCGGCGCCCGGGGCAACCGCUUCGAGACGUACGAGGCCUGCCAGAGGGCCUGCGCCCGGGGGCCCGGGGCCACGUGCGCCCUGCCGGCCGUGCAGGGCCCCUGCCGGCGCUGGGAGCCGCGCUGGGCCUACAGCCCGCUGCUGCGCCAGUGCCACUCCUUCGUCUACGGCGGCUGCGAGGGCAACGGCAACAACUUCGAGAGCCGCGAGCGCUGCGAGGACGCCUGCCCCCUCCCGCGGGCGCCGCCCUGCAAGGCCUGCCGGCUGCGCGGCAAGAUGGCCCCCAGCCUGUGCCGCAGCGACUUCGCCAUCGUGGGCCGGCUGACCGAGGUCAUCGAGGAGCCCGACUCCGGCCUCGCCCGCUUCGCCCUGGACGACGUGCUCAAGGACGACAAGAUGGGGCUCAAGUUCUUCGACAUCAAGUACCUGGAGGUGACGCUGACGGGCAUGGACUGGGGCUGCCCCUGCCCCAACAUGACGGCCGGGGACGGGCCCCUGGUCGUCAUGGGCGAGGUGCGGGACGGCGUGGCCCUGCUCCACCCCGGCAGCUACGUGCGGGCGGCCAGCGACAGGCGGCUCCGCAGGAUCUCGGAGCUCAUCGACAAGAGGACCUGCGAGCUCCUCAACCGCUUCCAGGACUAGCGGCCGAGACCCCCCCCCCGUCCAA